CUUUGAACAAUAUCUUAUAGCUUCAUCUCCCUUGUGCCCAAAACUCCAUCCUUUUAUCUCUUGGCUCGAAAUUACUCUCAUUUUCUUCUCAUAGAACUACACAAACAUCAAACGAUGGUCGAGCCAGCAACCGACACUAAGUCGGCUGUGAGAACGGUCGCGUUGUUGAAAGAUGAGCUCGACAUCGUGAUCCCAACCAUUAGAAACUUGGAUUUCUUGGAGAUGUGGAGGCCAUUCUUUGAGCCUUACCAUUUGAUCAUUGUUCAGGAUGGUGAUCCUACCAAGACCAUCAAGGUUCCCGAUGGUUUCGACUACGAGCUCUACAAUCGGAACGAUAUAAACAAGAUUCUCGGCCCUAAGGCCUCGUGUAUCUCGUUCAAGGACUCUGCGUGCCGUUGCUUUGGUUAUAUGGUGUCCAAGAAGAAGUACAUCUUCACCAUUGAUGACGAUUGCUUUGUCGCCAAGGAUCCUACAGGAAAGGCAAUCAAUGCUCUUGAGCAACACAUCAAGAAUUUGCUCUGCCCCUCAACUCCAUUCUUUUUCAAUACCCUAUACGACCCUUUCAGAGAAGGAGCAGAUUUCGUUCGAGGGUACCCUUUCAGCCUUAGGGAGGGUGUGCCAACUGCAGUCUCUCAUGGCCUCUGGUUGAACAUUCCCGAUUACGAUGCACCUACUCAACUCGUCAAACCUCUCGAGAGAAACACUAGGUAUGUGGAUGCUGUGAUGACCAUUCCCAAGGGCACCUUGUUCCCAAUGUGUGGUAUGAAUUUGGCCUUCCAUCGUGAGUUGAUUGGCCCUGCAAUGUACUUUGGUCUCAUGGGCGAUGGCCAGCCGAUCGGUCGAUACGAUGAUAUGUGGGCUGGUUGGUGUAUCAAGGUGAUUUGCGAUCACCUAGGGCUUGGGGUGAAGACUGGUCUUCCAUACAUCUACCACAGCAAGGCUAGCAACCCAUUUGUGAACUUGAGGAAAGAGUACAAGGGCAUCUUCUGGCAAGAAGAGAUCAUACCAUUUUUCCAAGCUGUGUCACUUCCAAAGGAUUGUACAACUGUUCAGAAGUGUUAUAUUGAGCUAGCCAAGAUGGUGAAGGACAAGCUUGGCAAAAUUGACCCUUACUUUGAUAAGUUGGCUGAUGCCAUGGUGACUUGGAUCGAUGCUUGGGACGAGCUUAACCCAAUUGGGGCUGCCAAUAAGGGCAAAAAAGCUUAAUUUUCUUUGAACCAUUUUGAUUAAUUAGUCUCAAUUUUUGUUUUCCCCUUUCCUUCUCUUGAAUUCAAUCUCUCUUUGAUCUUUUUUAAAAUUCACUUUUCUUCUUCACACUUGGGAGAUAAGAAGUUGAUAGGACUUGGCCCAUCUUAUGAGUUUAUGUAACUUCCUAUUGUUUGAUGUGUGUAAGGAUUUGAAAUAAUAAAAUUGUUGUUGUGGUUUAAUGCCUUUUUCAACUGUUUUAUUAUUCGAACAUUCUAACUUCUAAGGGUUGAGGUUUGUAGG